AAUUGCACGUGCAGGCGGUGUGGUUGUGUUUUAUCAUGAUAUUUUAAAUUUAUAAACGUUAAUUUUAUACAAAUGUGAAUUAAAAGACAAAGAUGAACCCCAAAAAAGUCGCAAAAAACCCGUCACUUGCUUAUACAAGCAAUAAAGAGUACAGUAAACCAACUGAUAACCCGUAUUUACAAUGUCUUGGAGCACCCCAUAUAGAUUCAUUUAACUAUAUGGUACAAGAUGGUCUGAAGGCGGCGGUUGCGGACCUCAUACCGGUUGAUUUCAAAACUCCGACUGGAGAAAGAGUGAAGAUAGUUAUAGAAGAAGCUGCAUUCUCCAAGCCUUGUGUACCUAUGGAUGUUAUAGGAGUCAAGAACUUGAAGGUGUUUCCAACAGAAUGCAGACAAAGGGCAGCAACUUAUAAAGGAGACUUUAGGAUACGAUUGUCUAUAAAUAUUGAUGGAAAAACAAUAGAAGUUGAUAGAUCGCUAGGAUCAUUACCUAUAAUGAUAAAGUCAAAACUGUGUCACUUGGCUGACAUGUCUCCAGAAGAGCUGGUAAAACAUAACGAACAUGCCGAUGAAUGGGGCGGAUACUUUGUUGUUAAGGGACAUGAACGGUUAGUACGUAUGCUGUUGGUCACCAGACGUAACUACCCUGUGGCGAUCAAGAGACCAACUUGGAAGAUGAGAGGUGAUCUAUUCACAGAUUACGGUGUUCUAAUACGAUGUGUCAAGUCUGAUCAGACAGCAACUAAUAAUGUUCUCCAUUUUCUUCAAAAUGGCACAUGCAAGUUGAUGUUUUCGCAUCGUCGCGCAAUGUACUACGCUCCUCUGGUUCUCAUACUCAAAUGUUUAGUGGAUUGGGUCGAUCAUUAUAUCUACAGGUUACUGCUGCAUGGGAAGAAGGACGACUUAUACUAUGUCAACUGCAUACAGAAUAUGUUGCGGGAGAUCCACGAGGAGGGCCUCCACUCCAUGUCGUCGUGCCGCUCGUACCUCGGCCGCAUGUUCCGGCCGCGGCUGGUGGAGCUGCCGCCGGACGCGAGCGACGAGGAGGCCGCCGAGUUCCUGCUGCGGCGCUGCGUGCUCAUACACCUCGACAGCUACACCGACAAGUUCCACCAGCUCGUCUACAUGACGCAGAAGCUCGGCGACUUGGUGCAGAACAAGUGCAAGGUCGAAGGUGCUGAUGCAGUAAUGGUCCAAGAAUUGCUCCUCGGGGGACAUUUGUACCUGCAGAUCUUGAAAGAGAGGCUACAAGCGAUUAUGGUGACAAUGCGAAUUUUGAUCAACAAACGGUGUCAAGCAGCCGGCCGUCUCAGGGUUGAAGCUAAAGAUAUUCAAAUCAUGUUGCGUAUGGCUGGUACAUUAGAAAAUAAGAUGGAGACGUUUUUGGCGACAGGAAAUGCGCCGUCCAAUAAUGUGAACCUGACUCAGUACAAAGGGCUCACUAUCGUAGCGGAGAAUAUUAAUAGAAUGCGAUAUAUGUCGCAUUUCAAGGCUAUCCAUCGCGGUUCGUUCUUCAUGGAGAUGCGUACGACAGAAGUGCGACAACUGCUGCCCGACGCGUGGGGCUUCGUGUGCCCCGUGCACACGCCCGACGGGGCCCCAUGCGGCCUCCUCAACCACCUCACCAUGACCGCACAGGUCACACAAUGCCCAGAACCAGAGCAACUGGCAAAUCUGCCGAAUGUACUCGCAGAUUGCGGUGUGCAGCCCAUCAGUACGGUGGCGCACACGCCGCUGCGCGACGACGUGUACAUGUACCCGGUUUUCGUGGACGGUCGGCUGGCGGGCUUCAUGCCGGAGGAAGCCGUCGAACGCGCCGUUCAUCAUCUGCGGCUGCUCAAAAUACGUGGCGGACUACCCGUCCACACUGAGAUAGUACUCAUACCCAAACAGAAGAUAUGCGGUCAGUACCCAGGCCUGUUCUUGUUCACGAGUGAGGCGAGGAUGAUGAGGCCCGUCAUCAACCUCGCCACCGGCCAAUUGGAGCUGAUCGGCACCAUGGAGCAACUGUACCUCGACAUCGCCGUUACACAAGCGGAGAUCAUCAAAGGUAGAACAACACACUUGGAGCUAUCGAAAUCGGCGUUUAUGAGCAACUUAGCUCAGCUAGUGCCGAUGCCUGACUGUAACCAAUCACCUAGGAACAUGUAUCAGUGUCAAAUGGGUAAACAGACUAUGGGCACUCCCAUACACACGUGGGGCACCAACGCGGAGACCAAGCUAUACCGGCUACAGACCCCGGCCACGCCCCUGUUCAGGCCCACGCACUAUGACAAUAUAGGGCUGGAUGAUUUCCCCUGCGGAACUAACGCUAUUGUCGCCGUCAUAUCGUACACGGGUUACGACAUGGAGGACGCGAUGAUAAUAAACAAGAGUGCGUACGAGCGCGGCAUGUGCGCGGGCGCCGUGUACAAGGCGGAGUGGGCGCAGCUCGAGCACGGCGGCUCGUACUUCGCGCGCGACCCGCAGCGGCCCGACCUGGCCGCGCGGCUGGACGCGGACGGCCUGCCGCCCGUGGGGGCACGGCUCGGCCACGACGACCCGUUCUACUGCUACUUUGAUGGUCAAAAGAACCAGUACUUUGUAUCACGUUAUCAUGGAUCAGAAGACGCAUACGUCGACAGCGUACGCCAGUGCGGAGAUUUCUCAUCAAAGUCGCCCGCUAAAGCUUGUAUCAUGCUUAGAGUACAGCGAAAUCCAUCAGUGGGCGACAAGUUCGCUUCCCGUGCCGGACAGAAAGGCAUCUGUUCCCAGAAGUGGGCCGCUGAAGAUUUACCGUUCACGGAGACUGGUCUGAUACCGGACAUAUUGUUCAACCCGCACGGGUUCCCCUCGCGUAUGACCAUCGCGAUGAUGAUAGAGUGUAUGGCGGGCAAGGCGGCCAGCAUACACGGACACGUACACGACGCGACACCGUUCCGUUUCAACGAGAAAGACACCGCGAUAAAUUACUUCGGCCGUUUAUUGGUAGCGGGCGGUUACAAUUACUACGGCACAGAGCGGAUGUACAGCGGCGUGGACGGCCGCGAGAUGACCGCCGAUAUAUUCUUCGGUGUCAUACAUUACCAGAGACUGAGGCAUAUGGUCUCUGACAAGUGGCAGGUGCGGACCACGGGCAUGGUGGACGCGCUCACUCGACAGCCGGUGAAGGGGCGGCGGCGCGGCGGGGGGGUGAGACUCGGCGAGAUGGAGCGAGACGCCCUGCUGUCGCACGGCGCCACCUUCAUAGUGCAGGACAGACUGUUCCACUGCUCCGACAAGAGCGAGGCUAUGCUGUGUUCGAAGUGUGGAAACCUUUUGAGCCCCAUCAUUGCCGGAAUUAAAGGCAAAUCGGAGACAUGCCGCCUCUGCGGCGAGGGAGACUUGGUGUCUGUCGCCAUACCGCAUAUAUUCAAAGUGUUCGUCACUCAGUUGGCAGCGGUCAAUAUCAACAUCAAGAUUAACUGCAAUCAGAGUCUGUCGAUAGAAGCUAACGAAAAAUCAAAAAAAGCUAUAAAAGCGUGUUAAUAUAGACUUUAUUUGAAUAAUUGUAAAGUUUAAUUUUAAUCAAUAAGGAUAUUGUGGAUUUAUAUCCGAAUCGAAAAAGUUGAAUCGUGUUUUGCUUUGUCAAGUGUAAAGCAAAUGUUACUUUUUAUAUUGUAAUAAACAUGUUGUUAUACU